GCGGCGCGGGGAUUCCGAACGGCGCCAGAGGAGGUGCGGGAGCGCCGGGAACGCGGGGACACGGGAACCCGGGAGCACAGGGAUCCGGGAUUGAUGGUACACGGGAACCCUGGAGCACAGGGAUCCGGGAUUGCGGGCACCUCAGGGAAAGCACCAUGCCCAAGAUCACUCUGAACGGGAUCACAGUGGAUUUCCCCUUCCAGCCCUACCCGUGCCAGGAAGCCUACAUGGCCAAGGUGCUGGAGUGCCUGCAAAAGAAGGUGAAUGGCAUUUUGGAGAGCCCCACAGGCACAGGGAAGACCCUCUGCCUGCUGUGCUCCACCCUGGCCUGGCGGGAGCACUUCAAGGACACCAUCUCCGCCCGGAAAAUCGCGCAGCGCAUGAAUGGGGUGGAGCUUUUUCCUGACAGACCUGUGUCCUCCUGGGGCACUGCUGCCACAGAUGGAGAUGUCCCAACUUAUUACACUGACAUUCCAAAAAUAAUUUAUGCCUCCAGGACUCACUCCCAGCUUACACAGGUCAUUAAUGAGCUAAAGAACACAGUGUACAGGCCAAAGAUUUGUGUGCUGGGAUCCAGGGAGCAGCUCUGCAUCAAUCCUGAAGUGAAGCGACAGGAGGGCAACCACAUGCAGAUCUACAUGUGCCGAAUGAAAGUGAUGGCUCGUGCUUGUCAUUUCUAUAACAAUGUGGAAGAAAAGAGUACAGAGAAAGAACUGAUUGAGUCAAUCAUGGAUAUUGAAGACUUGGUUAAAAAUGGAAACAAGCACAGGGCUUGUCCUUAUUAUCUCUCUCGAAGCCUGAAGCAGCAAGCAGACAUUAUUUUUAUGCCUUACAACUAUUUACUAGACUCAAAGAGCAGGAAAUCACACAACUUGGACCUGAAGGGGACUGUGGUGAUACUUGAUGAAGCUCACAAUGUGGAGAAGUUGUGUGAAGAGUCCUCUUCUUUUGAUUUGACUCCCUAUGAUUUGGCUUCAGCAGUGGAUGCAAUAAAUGUUGUCCUAGAGGAACAAGCCAAAGUGGUUCAACAGAAUGACAUCAAUGCUGAAUUCAACAUGGAGUUGGCCAGUUCAGGUCUGAACAUGGAACUGGAAGAUAUAGCAAAGAUCAAGAAAAUUCUUCUCCAACUUGAAAGUGCUAUUGAUGCAGUGGAGCUGCCAGCAAAUGGAAGUGGAGUCACCAAAGAAGGAAGCUACAUCUUUGAUCUGUUUGCAGAGGCCCAAAUAACAUUGCAGACCAAAUCGUCCCUCUUGGAGUCACUGGAGCAGAUUUUACAAUUUCUUACAGGCCGUACUGGAAUAUUUAUCAAUACAUCUGGAUUGCAUAAGGUCUCAGAUAUUAUCCAGACAGUAUUCAGCAUUGAUCCCCCAGAAGGAGUCACAACAGGGUACCUGCCACGUCAGGCAGUAUCUAAAUAUUACAAGGUACAUAUUCAUUUGGAUAAUGGUAAUCAGAAAAAGAAACAAAGGACAGAUCUCUGGAAUUCAUCAGCUUCAAAAAGACAAGGGAAGACUUUAAGCUAUUGGUGUUUCAGCCCUGGGUACAGCAUGCACGAGCUCGUUCGACAGGGAGUCAGGACAAUCAUCCUCACCAGUGGGACACUCUCCCCCCUCUCUUCAUUUACCAUGGAAAUGCAGAUCCCUUUUCCUGUUUGCCUGGAGAAUCCUCAUGUUAUUGAUAAACACCAGCUCUGGGUUGGGAUCAUUCCAAAGGGGCCUGAUGGAACUGUGCUUACUUCCACCUAUGAAAGAAGGUUUUCAGAGGAUUAUUUAUCUUCUCUGGGAAAAACAAUUGGUAACCUGGUGCGAGUUGUGCCACAUGGGCUGUUGGUGUUCUUCCCAUCCUAUCCUGUCAUGGAUAAGAGCCUGGAAUAUUGGAGAGAGCAUGAUUUUGCCAAAAGAAUAGAAGAAGUGAAGCCAAUGUUUGUAGAACCCAGGAACAAAGGAAGCUUUUCAGAGGUUAUUGAUGCCUACUAUGAUAAAGUCACCUGUCCUAAGUCCAAUGGAGCUGCAUUUUUGGCAGUGUGUCGGGGCAAGGCCAGUGAAGGCUUGGACUUUGCAGACAUAAAUGGACGAGGAGUCAUCAUUACUGGGCUUCCAUUUCCCCCUCGUAUGGAGCCCAGAGUCAUUUUAAAGAUGCAAUUCCUGGAUGAGAUGAGAAGAAGAGGUGCAGGUGCACAGUAUCUGUCUGGGCGUGAGUGGUACAGUCAGCAGGCGUCCCGGGCUGUCAACCAGGCCAUCGGCCGCGUCAUCAGGCACCGCCAGGACUACGGGGCCAUCUUCCUGUGUGACCACAGGUUCACAACUUGUGAUGUCAGAGACAAGCUGCCUUCGUGGGUCCGUCCCUACGUGAACGUUUAUGACAACUUUGGGCACGCGGUCAGAAGCGUCUCCCUUUUCUUCCGUGUUGCUCAAGAAAUUAUGCCUCCACCCCUGCUUCAGCGCCCUCCUGGACAUACUGGUUCCCUAAGUGAAAGCAGUGCAACACCAUCUACUUCCUCUGAGCAAAUCCUCUCUCUGCAAAAAGCUAAAAACCUGGAUGACCAUGUUCCAAGUUUGAAGAGAAAAAGGAAAGUAAAUGGAGAUGGAGCACCCAGCUUAUGUGUGGAAUAUGAGCAAGAGUUUGUCUCACCCCGAAGAAAAUGUGUUGGGCUCUUGGAUGCCUUGGAGCGCAGUGAGAAGAGCAAUGAAGAUGCAGAGGAGGAAACUGAUUUGCCAGGAGAGGAACAGGCACAUCGUCUGUCCACACUUUCCCUUCAGUAUGAGAAGAGAUUAACAGAUGAGCAGAAAGGAGGAAGGAAAAAAAUAAAGCUAGUCAGCAAUACACAGGAGCGGAGAGCGGAGCCGGCGGAGCCCAAGAAGGCGCGAGCCACGUUGUACAUCGCCACGGUGAAGGACACCCUGAGCCAGCAGAACUACGAGCUCUUCUCCAAGGCCCUGCAGCAGUACAAGAAAACAGAUGACUUCCAUGCCAUGCUGUCCCAAAUGAGCUCCCUCUUCUUAGAGGAUGAAAAAAAGCACAUCUUGCUGCGAGAUUUUUACCAGUUUGUUCGACCCCAGCACAAAAAGCAGUUUGAUGAAGCGUGCUGCAAUCUGACUGGAGUGGGCUGUGGCUACAAACCUGAGCACAGCCUCCCCCGGGAGGAGAGGGAGAUCCUGGCCAAGAGAAUGGAAGAAAAACAAAGCCAGCAGAAAAGUACAUUCUCCAAGGCUUCGUGUGCUCAGCUGAACCCUGGGCUCCACCUGAACCAAGGAGGAUCCCACUUGGCAACAGGACUGAAUUCUGCAGGGCAGAAUGCCAGUGCAGCUCCAAGGAAAGAGGCUGAAAAGGCUCCAGGCUCCAGGAGGGAGCAUCACCAGGUCCUCAGGACUGCUUAUCUCAGUGAUGUGCAGAGGGCUUUGGACAAAAGCAGCUACAGCCAGUUCUAUGAGGCUCUGCUGGCUUACAAGAAGACAGAUAAUUAUGAUGCCAUGGUGUCAGUGAUAGCAGCCCUCACCACAGAGAGGCCACAGGACUUUCAUCUCCUGCAGAGGUUUUAUAUGUUCGUGCGUCCUCACCACAAAGAGCAGUUCAGAGAGCUGUGUAAGGAUUUGACUGGAAUGGUCUGUGGUGAUGGAGAGAAGCAACUGCAACAACUGGAGCAAAGCGAAGUGAAACCCCAGAGCUUGGAGAGCUGCACAAAAGGAAUCAGCCACAUACAAGAUGCAGCCCCUUCUAAGAGUGGGGCACCAGAAAAAAUUCAGAGUAAGAUUUCCUCCUUCUGCUUUAGCCAGAAAAGUGAACUUGAGUUGCCAAAGACUGAAGUGUCCAAAAACACCAGUAAUGUGAGAGCACCCACAGACUCUGGAGUUGUACCCAUCUGUCCCCUAGAGAUGGAACCAGAGUAUGGAAGAUUCCACUGCUCUAACUGCAAAUCCGAGGAUGAUGUGCCUUUUAAAUGCCCAUUGUGUGACUUCACUUGCUGCAAAACCUGCUGGAAGCAGUUCUUAAAGGUGCUGACGAAGUGCCCCAAGUGCCACAGUGAUGUGAAGAGGAAGAGGUUAAUCCAAGUUUUCUUCUGGUCCUGAUCCCACCCACAGAAAGGGCAGGAAGCCCUUUGUGCCAGCAGAAGGCAGUGGCUGUGCUCUGGCUCUUGCUGGGCAGGAGCAGGAUGGAGGUUCCUUUAAAUCCCUGUGAUCCUUGAUCCUUGUCUCUGGAGUAUGAGCUGAGCACCAGCACAGAUUGUUUUCCAACAAAGGUGAUCAAACCUGAAAGGUCUCAGUGAAGGGGAAAAAGCAGAACAUUGUCCUCUCUUAGAACUAAGAAAGCAAAUUUAUUACUUAUUUUAUUCUUUGAAUUUUCCUGUGGCCACUCUUUUGCUGAAAUUUUCUGUCCUGGAGGCAGCUGUCAUUUAUUGGCCCUUCAGGUAAUACCAGGUUGUGGAAAAAGCCCAGGAAUGCUCCCACAAUGGAACUGAGCUGGCUGAGGAGGCCAGACUCCCCAUCCCUACCCCACUGUGUUCCUGGAAGAGGUGAUUUGCAGUCACUGUUUGGGGUUUGGCAGCAGCCACUGUAGCCAACAGCAGAAGAUACUGAAAGGAUCUUUUUUACAAAUUCCACUGGUGGAAGAUGAGCAGAAGCUCCUCAUCUGCUGUGCACCCCAAAGCCUGAUUCCAUUAUCCACCACGGUGGGGUUUUUUGGAUUAUCCUUCUAAGGAGUCUUUAUUCUUAUUCUGUACCACUCAGUGCUGGUGUUUCCUUGUGCCUGCGUUACCUGAUUUGCUUUCCAAGAAAAAGAAGGAACUAAAUGAUUUAAAACUUUUAAAUUAAUCAAGUUAGAUGGGUAAAAAGAUAAUUCCUUAAUACUCCCACUCUCUGUGAGUAGUGGGUAUAAGUGGUUAACCUAAAAAAUUGUAUCAAUUCUAAAUCUUCUGCAGCUGCUGUGUAUUAGACUGUAAAAUAAAACCAUUUUGUUUAAAUUUGGUUUGGUUAGGUUUAAAAAAAGGAAUUUAAAAAAAUAACCAGGUAUAAAAACAUUGGAUAUUGAGUCCCUAAAGGCCCUGGUAGGAGCAAGUGGAAAGACUGUACCUUGUAGGUGAUUUUCAUAUCAAUGGAAUUUGGAAAAUUUUAUGUUAAUAAAAUGUUAUUCUUAAUAAAAUUGAAAAGUGAGCUGCAUUUUAACAAAGUUUCCUGUUUCCACUGGUUGUAGGAUUCAAGCCCAGUGUUGCUUCAAAUCUCAGAGUUGCUGGCAGUGAAAUGGGAACUUUUGUACUUCAUUAACUAUUAAAAUAACAAAAGCUUAGGCAGGAAUUCAGGUAGUUCUGGGCUAUUACAUAUUCUAUCAUGUUAAAGUUUGUGGAUGAAUGUUCCCUUUUAGCCAUGUAUGUAUUCAGUGCAGCAAAACAAGA